AUGUCCGACCUACAAUUCUAUCAAAAAGAAUACUAUGAUGAGAAAAUCAAGAACAAGUUUAACAAACACUGGGAUUCCAUCAAGGAUCAUACUGAGGAGCGAUUCCGCAUUCACGAGAUGAACUCAUUCGCUUCCUUGAAGUGGGAGAGGGAGCCUCAGGACUUCAAGGAGCAGCUGCAUGAAGAGAAUGAGACAAGGUACAAGAUGGACAUGGAUGCUCGGAAGAAUCGAGAGCAAUGGGCUGGGGAUGCGCAGGGAUAUGAAAAGGCUUGGACUAAGGCUAACGAGAUCUUGCCUGUUCUUUCAGAAUCUGUUGCAAGAUUGUUCGGUGCAGGAUGUACCAUCUUUCUAUAUGGUCCUUGUGCUGAUGGAAAGACCAAUGUCAGCAGGUGA